AUGAUCGCAGUUCUGAGAACCUUACCCGCUCUUUGGCAUUCAUUUCACAAGCGCGUCUACCUGCGGAACGUUACGAAGGACAGAAGUAGCGAGUGCACGAAGUUCUUCCCAUACUCUCAACUACUUUGGCUCUUCUUGUUGUUUGGACAUCACAUUGACGACUUGACCAGUCUUUGUGUCGUCACAAGGUCGCCGACUUUGCAUCCGCCUACAAAGCCCGGAUUUUCUUUGUGUGCAACCAAGUCGGUUUUAGAACCUGCCCCAAAAUUUCAUGUUACAAGCUUUUUGAAGUAUAAUCUGCCGAAUUCGGGCUAUCGAGUCUAUCGUACUAUCUCACGGCACCAUCACCAAACGAUAACUCGCGAUGGGAAGCCGCCUAUCCUGCAUCGGAAAGAACUUAUUUCUGCGAUUGCAUCAGGAAGCAGACACACUAGACUUCUCGAAUAUGCGCGAACAAGAGUCUCACAUUCUGUGUUGGAACAAAUGUCUCCCAUUGCCGUCCGUUCAGGCACGUCAGCUGCUGAUCUUAAGGCAUGA